AUGGCUGAAGUGAUCGGGAUCGUUUCAGGGACGAUUACCUUCGCAACCGUCGUUGCGCAGAUCUCCAAGUCGGUUAUCCAAAUCAAAGACUGCUGGAGCCAGAUCCGCGACGCGCCCAAUGAAUUGCAAGAACUCAUCGCUGAGCUAGAAAUUUAUGAUCUUAUCUUGCGGGAAAUCGAACAGAAUCUUUCAUCGGGCCCACUGGCGAAUGCCACAGAAAUGAGUGAACAUUCAUUUCAGAGUCUAGGGGUCUGCAGGAAGGCAGCAGAGAGCCUUCAGAUCAUUUCAAAAGAUAUUGCCAAAGACCUCCGUCCGUCUGGCCGCUUUAGGCGAUCCUACUUUUCGGUUAAAAUAGUGCUCCAAAAAGGCAAAGUGGAAAAGUACAAGGCCAGACUCAGUAAUUCGAUUCGAUUGCUUUCCUUUUCGCAGCAAUGCUAUUCAAUAGUUUUAAUGCAGAUACAACCAGUUAUGGUCCCUCAGAUUCAAGUUAAUGACCACACAAAUGACAAAAACAAACAAGAACCUGGAUCACUUUCCAGUGUAGUGCACAUAUCGCCGCAAAAACGCAUUUAUUUAGGGCGGCUUGGUCUGCCAAUCUGGGUCACCUCGAAGGUCUUGGAAAUUCAAGGGAAAAGAGUAUACGGCGGUUGGCAAUGGGUAUUUCGUACGUAUGAUAUUCGCCCACACGGUGACCCAGUUUUUCGGUUUGCCAAAGAUGGAGACCUUGAUGGUCUACGUCAAAUAUUUUCAUCUGGGAAGGUCUCCCCUUUUGUAAGGGAUGAAUUAGGGAUGACUUUACUAUCUUGGGCUUGCUACACAAACAGUUUCGAAGUAGCGGAAUUUCUACUGAAACAGGGGGCUGAUCCAAAUGCACUGGAUAAUUCAAAUAUGAAGCCAGUUUCUACAAUAGGGCGAAUUAGGAUAAACCCUCCCAGGAGGUCACAACCUAUCUUCCCACUUCUACGGCUGCUAUGUCAGUUUGAAGAUGAAUCACAGGAGGAUUCCUGGGAUGUCUUUAUGAGAAGUUAUCACAGGUUCAGAGGCACAGCAGAGGAAUUUACUUUUUUCCAGCAAGCCUGCUGCCCGUUAUUUUACACCUUGUCCGAUGAGCAGCGCAUUCAAUUUGCAUUAACGAAAUGGGUCCUUGCUUAUCCCGUAAUUUUUGGAAUGGACCCUCCAUCGUUAGGGCCAUUCUCAAUGGGCACUCACCUGAUCACUUUGCCUCAUGGUGUUGCAUAUUGUAUGGGCUGCACUAAAAUCGGCUCAAAUUGGCCUUACAAUACCAUGAAGGACAGGGCUGUGCAGCAUCAAGCCUAUCAGGAAUGGCAUGUCAUGUUUCGAGAAAUGUUGGAAAAUGGUCUUCACAUUCAUCAAACAAUGAACGGGCUAACUCUAUUGCACGCUUUCUUAGACGGUUGUUUCCAGCUGUCUAAGCCGCUUGAAGGCUCGCUGAUGAGAAAGUGCAAUGAAGCCCUCGGAGUUUUAUUGCGGGAUCUUCAGGGUGCUAGUGUCAACCUGAAAGAGUUCGGUGAGAGGGAAGAGCUGAUGCUGAAAGACCAAGGGGGGUGUAUUGAUUUUCAAAUUUUCGGUAGAUCGAGGCGCUUUGUUAUUCGAUUGAUUGGAUUCUCACAUGGCCCAGCACCUGAGGACUGGUGCUUUUGGAUUAAUGAGCCCUCUGAUGAAUUUGUAGGAGACUUUUGGGCCAUGAUUGAUCGACGGAUGGAGAUGCCGGGUGGAUGGUCGGAAGAUGUACCCUUGUUUUUUUGA